AUGAGGUUGGAGAAGUGCUGGUUCUGUUCUUCUACGAUUUACCCAGGCCAUGGGAUUCAAUUUGUUCGUAAUGAUGCAAAGAUUUUUAGAUUUUGUCGAUCAAAAUGCCACAAAAACUUCAAGAUGAAGAGAAAUCCACGCAAAGUAAAAUGGACCAAGGCUUACAGAAGAUUGCAUGGAAAAGACAUGACUCAGGAUGCGACAUUUGAGUUUGAGAGGAAGAGAAAUAGACCUGAAAGAUACGACAGAAAUGUCACGGAGAGCACUCUCAAGGCCAUUAAGAAGAUUGAUAAAGUCAGAGUUGAUAGGGAGGCCAGACACCAUGCCAAGAGGAUGAAAGGAAAGAAGGCCCAGUUGGCAAGAGAGGCAAUGAAUGAACUGAGCCAGGGCAUUAACUUGGUCAAAGCUCCUUCUGCUCUACAAAAGGAUCCCUCACUCACCUUGCCUAAGACCAAGGUCAAGGUUUCCAAACAGCAAACGGAAGACAACCGAAUGGAAGAGUAA